ACUGUUAUUUAUGUGACAUGUAAUAUGUAACCUCAAAAUUGGGAGAAAGUUUUGAAAACAAAACUUGAUAUUUAUUAAUAAUACUCAUUAAUUAGAAAUAAAGAUUAAAUACUCAUUUUCGUGUUUAAAAAUUUUAUUUGACUUGAUUUCACUUAUUAAAUUCUAUUAUUAUUAUUCGAACAAAAUGGGGUUACUUAGAUCUAAAGGAUACCAAGAUAUAGAUGCAGAAAAUAAAUCUAAUAUAUCUAGAAAUACUGUUUUAGUAGACCCAGAAUGCCAAAUUCCACAGGAAAUAGAAAUGGCUUCAGUAUCUGUCGUACCAGAUGAUACAUUUACCAUUACUCAGGCAGUUAACGCUUUGGGUUUUGGUUGGUUCCAAGUCAAGUUAUCUUUAUGGACGGGCUUAUGCUGGAUGGCCGAUAGCAUGGAAAUGACAAUUUUAUCUAUAUUAUCGCCAUCUCUUCAUUGUGACUGGCAUAUAACUAGAUAUCAACAAGCUCUAACUACAACUGUAGUCUUUUUAGGAAUGAUGCUGUCUUCGACUUUUUGGGGAAAUCUCAGUGAUAGAUAUGGAAGAAAGCAUGCCUUAUCCCUAUGUGCUGUAUUACUAUUUUAUUAUGGUAUUCUUAGUUCACUGGCACCUAGCUUUACAUGGAUACUAUUUCUCAGAGGUCUUGUUGGCUUUGCUGUUGGUUGUACCCCUCAAUCAGUUACCCUGUAUGCUGAAUUUUUACCUACAAAACAGAGAGCUAAAUGUGUUGUUUUGCUUGAUUGCUUCUGGGCAUUAGGUGCAUGCUUUGAAGUGGUACUUGCUCUAAUUGUGAUGCCAACUUUAGGUUGGAAAUGGUUACUUGCUUUGUCCACUAUUCCUCUACUAUUGUUUGCUCUCAUUUGUCCAUGGUUACCUGAAUCUGCUAGAUAUCAUGUGGCAAGUGGACAAACUGAUAAAGCUUUAGAAACUCUAGAGAAAAUCGCUAAAGACAAUGGAAAACCAAUGUUAUUAGGAAGAUUGGUUGUAGAUGAUGCAUUUAAUGCACCUUCACAUAGAGGUCGGUUUAGAGAUUUGUUGGUUCCUGUUCUCAGGAGAACAUCACUGUUGUUAUGGUUUAUAUGGAUGGCUUGUGCAUUUUGUUACUAUGGACUUGUUCUAAUGACGACACAACUUUUUGAAGCAUCAAAUUCUUUAUGCUCUUCUGAACCAACCAAUCAGUUAAAGUUUGAAACAUGUGCAGCAGAAUGUAAACAACUUCAAACAACUGACUAUAUGGAUCUUUUGUGGACCACAUUGGCAGAAUUUCCAGGAAUUUUUAUAACAAUAUUCAUAAUAGAAAGAUUUGGAAGAAAGAGAACAAUGGCAGUGCAAUUCAUUAUUUAUGCCGUCUGUUGUAGUAUAUUGAUGAUUUGUACCACUAGACGAUCAUUCUUGACUGUGAUGUUGUUCUUCGCAAGAGGUAUUAUAGCAGGAGUAUUUCAAGCUGCUUAUGUCUACACCCCGGAAGUUUACCCAACUUCACUAAGAGCAGUUGGAGUUGGCUCUUGUUCUGCUAUGGCAAGACUUGGAGCUAUGGUGACGCCAUAUGUAGCUCAGGUAUUACUUAAAAGCUCGUUGUCUUUAGCCAUCACUAUAUAUACAAUUGCUGCUCUCUCUGCGGCAGUAGCAUGUAUGCUAUUACCAAUUGAAACAAAUGGAAAAGAACUGACAGAAAGUGUACCACCUCGAGUAACAAAUAGAACUAGCAAACAUAAAAGCGAUCUAUAAUGACUUUUCAUUAAUUAAUGAUAAUUAAAAAAAAAUUUAGAAAUGAAAAUGAAUCCGUC